UUGCAGUUGGGCAGUAUAUUGAUAAGUUGCUUGCGGUAUAUCGAUGUGCGAUAUUUUUAAAAAUAGUAUCAACAAUCACUGUAAGUGCAUAUAUCGCCAUUUUUUGAGGCACGCCGCAGAGAUUUAUUUGCAUACAAAUAAAAAAGCAGUCGAAAUGCUAAAAUGGAAUGUUGGACCCUGGCUGUGCAUAGCAACAAUGACGCUGCUCUGGCCAGCAUUAGUCAACGGCUAUGACAAAGAGAUGACUGUUUAUGUGGACGCCGGCAAAAAGGAAUGUCUCUAUCACACCGUCAAGGUUGGCGAAAUCAUUGACUUUGAAUAUCAGGUCAUCGAUGGUGGCCAUGGUGAUCUCGACAUCAGUUUCGCCCUCCUCGAUCCCAUUGGCUUAGUUAUUGUCAGCGAUUACAAAAAGCCCGAGAAUAUGCAUCAGCAUGAGGUGCAGAAGGAUGGCGACUAUCGUUUCUGUUUCGAUAACAGUUUCAGCAUGUUUAAUCGCAAAACUGUCUUCUUCGAACUGAUCGUGGAACGCGAAGGCGACGCCAAUCAUGGCGACGAACAGUGGAAGGCGGAAGUGGACGAGCUAACGGGCCUGUCGCGAGACGAAUACUAUGACAUGAAGGUGCAGGACAUUAUGGACUUCAUUGGACGCAUUCGCAUGCAACUGACAAAGGCGCGACAACUGCAGGAUUUGUUGCGUUCGCAUGAGGCAAGAGAUCGCAAUCAGGCCGAGGCCAAUUUCCAAGUGGUCAACAACUGGUCCAUGCUUCAGAUGAGCGCCAUGAUAGGCGUCGGACUCAUCCAAGUGUUUAUGCUGCGCAGCAUCUUCGAGACACACGGACGCAUGCAUCAUUUCUGGCGUAAAUUGGGCAUUUGAUGAGACUUCACAUCAUCAUGAUCAUCACCUUCAUCUCAUCAUCAUCAUUGUAGCAUUUACCAAAGAUGUUGUUUGCAGUGCAAAUUGUUACAAAAUAUUAUCACAAGGCCUCCUUAUCAAGUGUCAACAAUAUAUUUCUGUUCGGUUUGUUUGUAGUUCAUAGUUCUAAUUAGUUCUACAUACUUGCAGACCCAAUGCCCAUUGCUCAUGCUAUCUCUCUCUUGCCUUGCAUCUGUGUGCAUGUGUGUAUGUAUGUACGAGUGUGUGUGUGUGUGUGUGCAUUUAUUAUACUAAAAGCAAUUGUAAGUUAAGCAUCAUAAUGUUCAGGUUAAUCCAAUAAAAUGUUGAAUAGAA